CUGACAAUUGACAAUAUUGACAUUUAACGGCCAGAGCCAUAGCAUCUUCUUUAUUACCUUAUCUAUGGCCAGAGCCAAAGAUUCUCCCGCGCUUUUCUCUUUUUAUUUGUAAUAAAUUUUUGUUUGAGUUUGGGACGUGUUUUUAUUAGUUUAAUACUUAUAAAUUAGCAAUUUUAUACGUUCAGAAUGCCCUCACCUGCACCUUCAGAAGAUGGUUCAAAAACCCCCCGCAGAUCAUCAAGAAACCCUGAAGGCUCUAGAACCCCAUCAAGAAACCCUGAAGGCUCUAGAACUCCAUCAAGAGUUCAAACACCUUCAGCAAGAACUCCAUCACGAAGAGGAAAUGCAACUCCUAGAAGGGAAGAUGCUUCCCCAGCAAAGAGCAUUGCUUCUUCAACUAGAACACCCAGGAAAGGUCGUAACACACCAGCUAAGAGUGUAUCUACUGUUGAUACACCUAUGCGUUUUGGGGUGCCCAGAAAUGACAUUGAUGGACAAAGUGAAAUCCCAUCUUCUCCAGCUCAUAGCUUAGCUCCAACGAGUCCUGGCACAGGUCUGGCAAUGAGUGAAAUUGAUCUGAGUUCUCCACUUAAUUAUGGUACACCUAGUUCAUUGGGUUCUAUUAGAACACCUAGGUCAGGUAUAAGAGGAACACCAAUUCGUAUGAGACCUGAUGUCAGGUCUGAUAAAAGGAUUAGACAAGUGAAUGUAGGAGGUGAUACUGCAUUGGAAGCCAUUCCUGAAACUCAAGAAUCUGAUUCCACAACUCCUCAUUUGGUUAUUUGGGGAACUAACGUUUCUGUUGCUGAAUGCAAAGCAAAAUUCAAGCAAUUUAUACUUCGUUUUAUUGAUCCUAAUGCAGAAGAAGAUGAGAGGACUGACGAUAUGAAUUUAAAUGAACCUCUUUAUAUACAAAAAUUAGAAGAAAUUCAUACAUUGGAAGAACCUUUUUUAAGCAUCAACUGUUCCCACUUGGAAACAUUUGAUGUUAGUCUGUACAGACAAUUAGUGUGUUAUCCACAAGAAGUUAUACCAACUUUUGACAUGUGUAUCAAUGAAAUGUUUUACGAACGAUAUCCAGCUGCUGUGCUUGAACAUCAGAUUCAAGUGAGACCAUUUAAUGCUGAAAAAACUAAAAACAUGAGAUCCUUGAAUCCAGAGGAUAUUGACCAAUUGAUAACAAUAAGUGGGAUGGUAAUCCGUACAUCAAAUAUAAUGCCGGAAAUGAGAGAGGCAUUCUUCAAGUGCAUAGUUUGUCAAUUUUUCGUUAAUGUGGAAAUUGAUAGAGGUCGUAUUACUGAACCAACUCUUUGCAGUAGUUGUAAUACAAAUCACACUUUUACCCUUAUUCAUAAUCGGUCACAAUUUACAGAUAAACAGAUGAUUAAGUUGCAAGAAUCUCCAGAUGAUAUGCCUGCUGGUCAAACACCUCAUACUGUAGUUCUAUUCGCCCACAAUGAUCUAGUUGAUGCCGUUCAACCUGGUGAUCGAGUUACAGUUACUGGUAUUUAUAGAGCUCAACCUCUACAGGUGAUGCCCACUCAAAGAAACAUACGUGCCGUUUACAAAACACAUAUUGAUGUUUUACAUUUCCGUAAAAUUGACAACAGAAGAUUGUAUGAGGAAGAAGACGGAAAAGAUCGCCGCUUCACCCCCGAAAGAGUGGAACUUUUAAAUAUUUUAUCACAAAAACCCGAUGUUUAUGAUCGUCUAGCGAGAUCUAUAGCUCCAUCGAUUUACGAAAACGAAGAUGUAAAAAAAGGAAUUCUUUUACAACUAUUUGGAGGAACUAAAAAAACAUUUGUUACCUCUGGUCGAACAAAUUUCAGAGCUGAAAUUAAUAUUUUGUUGUGUGGUGAUCCAGGUACUUCAAAGUCUCAACUUUUACAAUAUGUGUAUAAUUUGCUACCAAGAAGUCAAUAUACGUCCGGCAAAGGUUCUUCAGCUGUAGGUUUGACUGCUUAUGUUACCAAAGACACGGAAACCAAACAACUUGUUCUUCAAACUGGAGCUCUCGUUCUUGCUGAUAACGGAAUCUGUUGCAUAGAUGAAUUCGAUAAGAUGAGCGACUCUGCUCGGAGUGUUCUACAUGAGGUAAUGGAACAGCAAACUCUCAGUAUUGCCAAAGCAGGAAUUAUUUGUCAGCUUAACGCAAGAACUUCAGUUUUAGCUGGUGCCAAUCCAUGCGAAUCCCAAUGGAAUAAAAAUAAAACCAUUAUUGAAAAUGUCCAGUUACCUCAUACGCUGCUAUCAAGAUUCGACCUAAUAUUUUUAAUUUUGGAUCCACAAAAUGAAAUUUUUGACCGAAGACUGGCCCGUCAUUUGGUCUCAUUAUAUUACAAAACAAGAGAUCAGGAAGAGAUGGAAUUUCUGGAUAUGUCCAUCGUAAGAGAUUACAUCGCUUACGCAAAAGAACAUGUACAUCCCAAACUUAGUGAUGAGGCUUCACAGAAACUCAUUCAGUCUUAUGUGGAUAUGAGGAAAAUAGGCUCUGGAAAAGGACAAAUAUCAGCUUAUCCAAGACAAUUAGAAUCACUAAUUCGUCUUUCUGAAGCACAUGCUAAACUGCGAUUUUCACAAACCGUCGAAGUUGACGAUGUAGAAGAAGCUUACAGGUUACAUCGAGAAGCUUUAAAACAAUCCGCAACGGAUCCUCUAUCUGGAAAAAUCGAUGUUAAUAUUCUUACAACUGGUUUGAGUUCUGCUUCUAGAAAACGGCGAUUGGAAUUAGCACAAACAGUUAAAAAACUGAUUGAAGAUAAAGGAAAAGUGCCUCUUAUUAACUACCCAAAACUGUUUACAGAAUUAAAAGAAAGUUCAUCUGUGAUGAUCACAAGAGAACAAUUCGAAGAUGCUCUCAAGGACCUACAAGAUGAUGGAAUAAUUGUCGUAAUGGGAAAAACUUCAGUAAGAGUCGUUAGAAAUAGAGAUUGAGCACAAAUUGUGUACUUUAUCUAAACCCUUUUUAUAUUUUAAUUUAGAAUUAACUAUUUAGAUAAUAAAUAUAUGUUUUAAGAAUGUG